AUGUUGGUGUCGCUGCACAAGAGGAAUUUAUUGGCACGGUUUGUGGUUGACGAAGCUCACUGCGUUCCUGAAUGGGGACACGAAUUUCGAGCCCAUUACCUCAAGUUGGGUCUUUUGAGGACGCUAUUUCCUACAGUAUGCAUAGUUGCUUUGACUGCCACCGCGACUUUGGCUACAAGAGAAGAGAUUAAGUCUCUGCUCAAGCUACAUGAGCCGUGCGAAGUUAUUGCCUCUUGUAAGCGUGGCAAUUUAAAGUUUACAGUCGUCCGCAAGACUACCAAGGACGGUGCAAUAGCAGAUAUCGCCAGACGUUUAAAAAAAGAAUUUGCCCAGCAAUCUGGUAUUGUUUACUGUUUUUCCAAGAGCGAUUGUGAGCUGCUCACAAAGAGACUUGGUAAUCAGGGCAUCUUUGCCGAGCACCAUCAUUCCGAAUUGACGUAUGCAGAAAAACUCAGAGCGUACUCCAACUGGAUGUCUGGAGUAACUUUGGUCAUGUGCGCUACUUUAUCUUUUGGUAUGGGCAUCGACAAGAAAGACGUCCGAUUCGUGAUGCAUCUAACGAUGCCAAAGUCAAUUGAAGGAUAUUAUCAAGAGUGCGGUCGGGCUGGACGUGACAGCAAUGUGGCCCAUUGCAUCUUGUACUACAGAUAUUACAAUAGUUAUCACAUUCGAAACAUGGUUGAAAAAGGUUUACGUAAUGCAAUUGGAACAUUUCCUGAAACUGAAAGUUUGAAAGAAAUGAUGAUGUAUUGCGAAAAUACGUCGUCUUGCCGAAUGUAUUUAAUAUUGCAAUAUUUUGGAGAGAGUUUCCAUGAAUAUGCUUGCGAUCGAAGAGCUGUGUGUGACAAUUGCCGCCGAAGCCACCGUGUGGUUCACGAUGACGAUACCACUAUUUGUCGGGCUGUAGUUGAUUUACUAGGCAAACCGAUAAUGCAGUUGAAAGGCGUCAACAUCAGUUUGCUUGUAGACGUUUUGAGAGGUAGCAAAGCCCAAGCAAACAGGGAUAGUGGUAAAGAAUGGUAA